ACAUUUGUAGACACCGCACUAGGAGACUUUAUUGAUCAGUUCACGUUAACCUUUAGAAUAAAAAUGUAUAGAUUCUUUAUAUGGGAGGGAAGCAGUUAUUAAAGUUUUAAUCUGUACAACUGCUUGGGCCCCUUUGUUUGCGGUCCAACACCAGUCUUCGAUUAAAUACAGCACUUUUUGAUCAAGCCGGCAUUCACUAAAAAAUGGAGUUGGCGAAUAACAAGUCUUUGAUUUUUUGUUUUGUUUUUCAAUUAUGAUGAAUAAAAAUGAAAUGCAAGGUGGCUGACUUCACACGUCCAGAAGGGCUUUCGUAAUCUCCAGUUAUGAUUGCGACUGUAAUUUUCGUUGCCUAAAAAUAGUAGACAUUGUGUGCCAAAGCUGAUAAAACUCUUCCAUUGCCGUGCCAUCCAAUGAUUUGUUGCCGACCUGACAGCUACUACACAAAGUUCAGAUGACCACUUGCCACAUUGGAAUCCUUCUCAAGAAAACGCAGAUAUUUGAAUUGUAUUAUAGUCUUAGCGGUGUACUCUUUUUUUUUAAUGUGAGCAGACUAUAGGUUGGAUAUGCACAUUUGAUUGAAACGGUAGACCUAACUCCAGCACAUGAGACGCCAAGCUUUGGAUUGAAUUUGCAUCAAACAUCUCAAAAAGAUAAAAAGAAAUGCCUUUUCAAAAAGACCUGAAUCUUCGCACUGCCAAUAUUCAUGAUAUCAGCUGAAUGCAGUUUUAAGACCCCUUUAAAACAAUUAGCACAGCAUGUCACACAAACGACGCCCCACCACGACGAACACGAGGAGGCUGGUUCAUGAGAACAAUCGUUCGGAGCUCGAGCUCGAGAAAGAACUUAGCCGUCUGGAAAAGGAAAGAGCGGCAACUCUUAAAGAACUUGAAAACGAAACAAAAUUAUUUUGUUUGAAUUCUUCCAGCCCAACAAAAAAUCUUGACCUUAUGACUACAGUUACGAGUCCUAGACUUGUGUCAUCAACCUCGCCAAAACCUGGCUUCAGAAAAGCUUUUAUCAAUGGAAGGGCUGACAUUCAAGACUACAUUGUCCCACUUGGACAAAGUCAUAAGUUAGCAAAAUCCUACGAGACCUUGUCCUCACCUAGAGAGUUAGCAUCUCAGAGAACCAGAUCUAUUUCUCCGAGAAGUAUCCGGCGUGAAACUAGCGUGACAUCAUCAGACUCCUCGCCUGCUUCUUCGCCAGAGGCAAAACGAAGGCAAAGUAAUGCUAACCUGCAAAGACCAGCAUCUUUCUAUGACACUCUUGGAUCUACCUCAGUCAAAUCUCCUAGGGCUAUUUCUGGAAGUGGGCAGAUCCCUCAAAUAAUCAUUAGUACCGAAGAUGUUGGUAACAUCACUCUGCCUCGAUUGACCUCCGAUGUAACCCUGGACUCAUCCAAAGAAUCUUUAUCCCUUCCUGUAAAGAGAGGUCGAAGUUCAUCUGUUCCUUUGAUUGUUCCUCCUCCUGUUCAAGUCAAUCCAAUACUUUCCGAUUCUGGAAAUCCAUCGAUGCGCCCAAGAAGUAGCAGUAUUUCUUUCCCAUCUGAAUCUUUAUCAAAAACUUUUGCAAGACGGAACUCCGUGCAGAGCAGAGCUUCAGAAUACCGAGGUCCUUACAGAAGGUCAUCGAUAGCCGUGGAGCACUUCAUUCACGACCUUUCAAGGGGUAUCGAUCAUUUAGGUAUACAUCACAAUAAUAAUCGCAUACCGCCAUUAUCUCCAGAAGAGUGGGAAAAUCUUAAAUCGUGCCGAUAUCUUCGGAUGCCCAACCAAAGUUAGCUGGGCUUGAAAUGUUUUUAGUUUCACAUUAUAAGAAUAAGAACUAUUGCAGCAAUAAGGGAAACAACCUGGUAUUCGACACAACAUUACAAACUCCCGUUAAUUGUGUUCAUGUUGACCUACUCGGCAAGCCAAGCCUGAAUAAUAAAACAAUUAAUAAGAUCCAAGAUAAAAGAGCUUCAUGACAACAAAAAUAAUCCAGAUAUUUUGGCACCAUGCCACUACAUAGAUAAACUCGUUUCUAAAAGAUUAAUAUCUUGAGACGUGUUCAGCUCUAUACAAACCAUGCGAUGCGUAAAUAAUUCACUGCAUAAAGGCAUACGCCCCCCCCACCCCCCAUUUUACAGUAAACUAUAUUGUUACAUUUACAAUCAUGAUUCAGGUUCGAAUCCCUGUAUGGAGAAAUGUAAUUAUCCUGGACUUUCCCCCAUUUCUAAUAGACACCAAAGAUUGGUUGAAAGGGGAAAAAAGGAUUUUUUUUUUUUGGCUGGCCCUACACCAAAAGCAAAUAUCUUGACUUCGUUAGCCUUAAGGAUUGAUAGAAAUUAAAUAGACCAUAGAUAUGGCACAAUGAUUCUCAUUAAUCGUAACAUUUACAUAAGGGUAAAAAAAAAAAAAGAA